CUCUAACUUCACAUUUAGCUCCCCAGCUCACACGAUUCACAUCCAAUAUACACCCCCAUCCAAGAACAAAUGGCACAGCCGUAUAACCAAGAAGCCCUUCGGCUUUGCGUCAGUCUCGCUCGCGAAGCCCUUGAGGCGGGGGACUCUCCCUUUGGAUCCGUCCUAGUAGAUCGAAACGACAAGAUUAUACACCAAGAUCGCAAUCGCACCGUCACAGGCGAGAAGGGAGAUCUGAAGGCCGAUGCGACGCUGCACCCUGAGCUUACUAUCGCGCGGUGGGCACAGCAAAACUUGACUCCAGAGGAUCGAGCAUCUGCCACCGUGUACACAUCAGGGGAGCACUGCGCCAUGUGUGCGGCCGCGCAUGGGUACGUCGGCUUGGGCCGCAUUGUGUACAUUGCUUCUACAAAACAGCUCGAGCGCUGGAUGGACGAGGCAAACGUCAAGCGGGGCGCCGUUGCAGGCCUUCCAAUAAACACCGUGACUCCACAUGUACCAGUUGAAGGGCCAAUUCCCGAGUUGGAUAUGGAGGUUCGUGCCCUGCAUCAGGAGAGGUGGCAGCGACAAAAGCGUUGAUAGUCUCGUCACAAUGGAAUCUCUAUUUCAAGUAUUAAGAGCUUGUUGACCCCAUAUAGCUACAACCUUAGCACAUAUAUAAUAACUACACGCUGUG